AUGUCUGGCGCUAGGCACUGGGAACAAGAUAAGGAAGCUACAGUAUACAUUGGGAAUCUAGAUGAACGAGUAUCGGAUAGCCUGGUGUGGGAAUUGAUGCUACAAGCUGGGCGGAUAGUCAACGUGCAUCUACCAAAGGAUCGGGUCACCCAGACUCAUCAGGGAUAUGGCUUCGUGGAGUUCAUCAGCGAGGAAGAUGCAGAGUAUGCAGCAAGAAUCAUGAACCAAGUCAGACUUUACGGCAAGCCUAUAAGAGUCAAUAAGGCUUCAGCGGACAAACAGAAGACUGUAGAGGUUGGAGCAGAGUUAUUCGUUGGCAAUUUAGAUCCCAUGGUUACCGAACAAACGUUGUAUGACACAUUUGGCCGGUUUGGCAGUCUGAUCUCUGCCCCAAAGGUCGCUCGAGAUGACGCCAAUCUUUCCAAAGGCUACGGAUUUAUAUCUUUCUCAAACUUCGAAGCUUCGGACGAAGCCAUUGCCAACAUGAACGGCCAGUACCUGAUGAACAAAGAGAUAUCCGUCCAAUAUGCAUACAAGAAAGAUGGAAAGGGCGAACGUCACGGUGACCAAGCUGAGAGAAUGCUGGCAGCCCAGGCAAGGAAACACAACGUUCAACCAACAGCUCAGCCGUUGCCAGCAGGCCUCUUUUCGGGAGGGGCACCCAAUGCUCCUGCUGCAAUGAUUGACGGUGAUGGGGGACGUCCAGGCAGUGUCGCAGGAUUCAUGAAUGGGCGCGCAGUCAUGUCCAAUGGGAAUUAUCAAAACGUACCUCCACCGCAGCAGCAGCGCCCCGCACCUCCUUCGCAGCCUCUACCUGCACCUCCAUCUGGCUUGCCCGCGCGGCCACCACCUUCUCAGGCUGGAUAUGGCGGUCCCCAAGGCUUUCUGCCUCCAGGUUUCAACCCUUCUCAGCAGCAAGGCUUCCCCCAAUCGGGUGCUCCGCCACCUCCAGGUUUUGGUCCUCCACCUGGAUUUGGACCGCCUCCUGGCCAAGGCCCUCCACCCGGGAUGCCCCCGGGAUUUCAACAGCCAGGAUUUGGAAGGGCUAGAUAG